AUGGAAGAUACUGGAAGAAACAUCAGAGGCACUGCUCCCAUUGAUGAGAGUUCUCAUUUCAAUCAAAUCAAGCUAAAUCUAUUCUGUCCAGACCUCCGAGACACAUCAACAACCCCUCUCAAUUUCACCAAAUCCAUCAACCUCGCCCUCUCAGAGCGAGGUAUUAACGCUCUUCGCCAUUCCCAGCACCCACAGCUCGUCAACAGCAUAAUAGUCGAAACAAUCCCCAUGUACGGCCGCAUGAUCCACGGCCUCUCCACCACAGGCACCCCGACCCAAUCACCACAAGCCUACGACGUCCACGGCCGGCAUAUCUCCGCUGUCGACCGGGGCGGUCUGAACAAACGACUCCUCGACGAGCUCGAGAAGAUGCCCAAUGUUGAAUUCUUCUUCAACCACAAACUAACCGGCGCCGACUUUCAAGGCAGGAAAGCAUGGUUCGAAGUCCGGAGGCAGCCCGAGGAGAAAUCAGGUCCCGGCCAUCGCGCCCCAGGGAUCGAGGUCUCAUUCGACCUUCUUCUCGGUGCAGAUGGCGCUCACUCCGCCGCAAGAUACCACAUGAUGAAAUACGCACAGACGAACUUCUCACAAGAAUACAUCGACACAUUAUGGUGCGAAUUCACCAUUCCCCCGUCUCUAGAACACGACUUUCGGAUAUCGCCCAACCAUCUCCACAUCUGGCCUGCCGGGGAUUUCAUGUUCAUUGCCAUUCCCUCCCUCGAUAAAUCAUUCACCUGCACACUUUUCGGCCCAACUAGCCUUUUCGAAAAUCUCAAAAACAAAAAAGACGCGUAUCAUUCCCCACUGGAAGACCUCUUCACCGAGCACUUCCCAGGCAUAAUCCCGGACCUCAUUUCCAGACAAGACGUUCACGAGCAAUUCAACCGUAACCCCCACCUCCCCCUCAUAAACAUAAAAUGCAAUCCGCACCAUUUCGACAGCAGCGUCGUGAUACUAGGCGAUGCCACGAAUGCCAUCGUGCCGUUUUACGGACAGGGCAUGAAUGCCGGUCUGGAGAGCGUACGUAUACUAUUCGAGUUUCUCGAUGACCAUGGUGUCUACGCUGCCAAUAAGAAGGCAGACGAGGUGCAGCAAGCAAGAGCAGCAGCGUUGGCAGCAUACACCGCAUACCGAGUCCCGGAUGCACAUUGCAUCGCUGAUCUAGCGUUGCAGAAUUACAUCGAGAUGCGAUCGGAUGUGCGCUCUCCGAUCUACCGGAUCAGGAAGUUCGUGGAAGAGACGCUAGAUCGCUACCUGCCGGGAUUGGGGUGGGCGACGCAGUACUCGAGGGUGAGCUUCGGAAAUGAGCGGUAUAGUAAGAUUGCGCAACAAACGAAUAAGCAGGGGAAGAUUUUGGCAAUGUCUCUUGUUGCGGUAGCUGCUGGAUUGAUAGGGGGAGGUGGUGGGCUGCUGGCCCGGCGCUGGUAUCAUGCUAGACAGGGGCCGGGGUGGUUAAGCAAGUGGUUGAUGACGACUGGCCGGGAGGUGGAAAAGAGAGGACGGUGA